UUUGUCGAAAUGAAAACUAAAUUUCUGUUGUUAGUUAAUCUGACAAGUGAUACAAAAAGGGCAGACGUGACAGACUUCGCAAGUUACAAUUACAACCCCAACCAGCAAUUACAGUCCAAGUUCCUGUUAGCCACAGUAAACUGCAAUUUUUCUCCUUAAAUGGCUGUUUUAGUUAGUCGAUCGAUUAAUCGAUAACUUCUGACUAACCGCAGUAGCAGACGACAAAAAAUAAGAUUUUGACAAACACGUUGCAAUCUUUUGAUUACUUCCUCUGAAUAGUGCUUUAUAAGCAAUCACACAACACCAAUAUUAGGACGGAUUCGAACAUGUGGUAACAUUGUUAAACCAAGUCUUUUCUACGUCUAUAUCCAAUCGGUAUUUUCCUUCGUUCCCUCCACCGUGUGAGAAUCUGCUAUGUUACUGGGUCGAUCAUAUUUUGCCCUCCGUACAGUUUAUCGAAGAGCAAGUAGUGUUGCCAACAGCGUUUCUCAUAAAGUGAAAAAGUGUCCUACUAAGACAGUUAUGAAAGCAUACAUCCGAACCAAAAAUGAAGAGCGUGUAGAUAUACAAUUUCAAUAUGUAGACUCCAACCUAGGUCUAGACCGCUGGUUUAAUUUCAAUCGAUCACUGGAUGAUAGUGUGCAACAAAUAAAAGAAAGAAUUAUAGCAAACAUAGAUAAAGCAUGCUUGAAGUAUAAGAAAAGGAAGCUUAAAAAAAAUCCUACUGGGGAUAUGGAUGAGUUUAAGUUGGAUGUUGAAGUCAUGCAAAACUCAGAAAUAAUAGCUCCAGAGGUACCAUGCAGAAAAAUCCUUACAAUGCCAAAUGUUUUUAUUGUAGUAAAUGGACAAUCAUACCAUUUAGAUAUUAAUCCCCCAACAGUAAAAACUUUAAAGCUACCAAAUUCAAUCAUGGCUGGAUAUCCAGUUUAUCCAAGUAAGUUAGAAGUGGAAUAUUGCACUGUAUUUGACUGUGAGUUCCUUUGGUUCAAGACCAAUGAGCUUGUGGAUAUGGCACCAGAAGCUCAUUCUGAAACCUGGAUUCAAGUGGGAACAGGAUUCUCCUAUACCACUUCUAACUGUGAUAUUGGGAAUUGGUUGAAAGUAAAAUGUAUUCCAAAGACAUCUUCAAAAAUUGGUCUACCUGAGUGUGCAAUCGCUUCACAAGUAGUUGAAGCUGGACCUGGAAUCUGUCCCUUCGAAAUACGCCACAAUUUCACGAACAAAUUCGUUGAAAAUGAUGGGUUUCGAGUAGUGACUUAUAAUAUUCUGGCUGACCUAUAUGCCGAUUCUGAUUAUACACGAACUGUACUUCAUCCAUAUUGCCCUCCAUACGCAUUGGCGAUUGACUACCGGAAGCAACUGAUCUUGAAAGAAUUACUCGGUUACAAAGCCGACAUAAUCUGCCUCCAAGAAGUUGAUAGCAAAGUCUUCGAUGCCGACCUGAAACCUAUUUUUUCGUCGUAUGGUUUUGAAUCCGAAUUCAGUAAAAAAGGAGGGCAAGUUAGCGAAGGAAUGGCUUGUAUAUUCAACGCUUCCAAGUUUCAGUUGGUUCAGUCAUCUAGCCAUAUCGUGGCAGAAGAGUUGUCAAGCAAUCCGUUGGUGGCGGAUCUUUGGGUUGCUGUACAAAAAAAUGAAAACUUAUCCAAACGUAUUCUUGAACGGACGACUUCGUGUCAACUUCUUGUGUUGGAAUCUGUAUUCAACGCGAAACGCAUUGUUGUGGCCAACACGCAUCUUUACUUCCAUCCUGAUGCAGACCACAUUCGCCUGUUACAAUCCUGUGUUACUCUUCGAUUAGCACAGGAGAUGCGUAAUCGCCAGUUGGAUUUGGGGAAAGAAGUAUCUCUUCUCUUCUGUGGCGAUUUUAACAGUUGUCCGGGGUCAGGAGUUUUCGAGAUGAUGACAUUGCAAAACAUAGACUGUGAUAAUGAGGCUUGGUCAAGCAAACCUGACGAAGCAGUAAUAGAUUUAUCUCUUCAUAAUCCGAUUGCAAUGGAAACCGCUUGCGGAACCCCGCCGUUUACAAAUUACACCAGUGGUUUCAGUGGUUGCCUAGAUUAUAUUUUCUUUGAAAAAUCAAAGUUCAUCGUUGAACAGGUUAUUCCUCUUCCCAGUGUGGAGGAAGUAACCCAACACUGUGCGCUUCCCAGCAUAGUCUUCCCUUCAGAUCAUAUAGCUUUGAUAGCAGAUCUAAAAUGGGUGUGAUGUUAACUGUUGUUUGGGUUGAGCCGUAAAUUUUGAAUGUGAACACUAUGAUUUAUCAAACAAUUUUGGAUGCUGCAUAUAUUGGCCCAAUAACGGAAUCUUUAUAGCAUUUCAGAUGAUUUAAAAAUGAAUUGCCAGCCUUUGCCUA